UCACAUGCAGGCGUUUCCAGGACUCCCUGGGCUCCUGCAGGCUUUUAAUGGAGGGGCUAGUGUUCUGGGAGGGCUGUACAGUUCUUCAGACAGUCAUCAUGGGUAUUCGAGGACUAAUGAGUUUUGUGGAAGAUCACAGCAAUGAGUUCUUCACUGACUUGAAGUUGCGGGACACAAAAAUUGUCAUUGACGGCUAUGCUCUCUUCCACCGGCUUUGCUUCAACUCAGACUUGGAACUUCGGUAUGGAGGGGACUAUGACUCUUUUGCAGAUGUUGUACACAAAUUCUUUGAAUCACUGUUUGCUUGUAAUAUCUGUCCAUAUGUUGUGUUAGAUGGAGGAUGUGACAUUUCAGAUAAAAAGCUUAAAACUUUAAAGGAUCGAGCUAGAGAGAAGAUCCAAGUGGCUCAUUCCCUUUCUGUUGGCGGGGGUGGGUGUGUGUGUCCCUUACUCAUCCGGGAAGUGUUCAUCCAGGUUUUAAUCAAGUUACAAGUGUGUUUUGUCCAGUGCUUUUCAGAAGCAGAUCGGGACAUUAUGACACUGGCUAAUCAUUGGAAUUGCCCUGUGUUAUCAUCAGAUAGUGACUUUUGCAUUUUUGACCUGAAAACUGGGUUUUGCCCCCUGACUAGCUUUCAGUGGAGAAAUGUAAACACUAUCAAAGGUACACAAGACUGCUAUAUCCCUGCCAAAUGCUUUUCCAUUGAUGCGCUCUGCCGUCACUUCAGCAAUAUGAAUAAAGAACUCUUACCUCUCUUCGCGGUGCUAUGUGGAAACGAUCAUAUUAAUCUACCCAUCACGGACACAUUCUUAAGUAAAGUCCGUCUUCCUCUUGGAGCUACCAGUUCAAAGGGGAGGAGACACCACCGAGUCUGGGGACUUCUGAAUUGGGUAUCUCAUUUUGCCGACCCUACUGAAGCAUUGGAUAAUGUUCUGAAAUAUCUCCCAAAAAAGGAUCGAGAAAAUGUGAAGGAAAUUCUGUGCUGUUCCAUGGAAGAAUACCAGCAAUCCCAGGUGAAGCUGCAGGACUUCUUUCAGUACGGUAGUUACACCUGUCCGGCUGCCUUGAAUCUGGAUUUACCAGAGUGGGUAUUAGUGGCAUUGGCCAAAGGCCAGCUCUCUCCUUUCAUCAGCGAUGCUUUGGUGCUAAGACGGACCAUUCUUCACACUCAGGUGGAAAAUAUGCAGCAACCAAAUGCCCACAGAAUAUCUCUGCCCAUCCGGCAAAUCAUCUAUGGGCUUCUUUUGAAUGCUUCCUCACAUCUGGAGAAUGUGUCUUGGAAUGCAUUGCCUUCUCAGCCUCCAGCUUUCAGCGAAGUGGAAAGGAUUAAUAAAAAUAUCAAGACAUCGAUUGUUAAUGCAGUAGAACUACCCAAGGAUUAUUCUGAUUUAAGCAUAUUGCCUGAGCUCUCCUUGGCCAAACGGCAGAUCCUUCUGUUAGAAACCCUGAAGGUGAAACAGACCAUCCUGGAGCCAAUCCCUUCUUCAUUGAAGUUGCUCGUUUCAGUCACUUGCUACUGGCUUCAGCACACAGAGGCCAAGGCAAAGCUACAUCAUCUGCAGGCCUUACUGCUAGGGAUGCUGAUGGGGCCCCUGCACGUCAUCAACAGCCCUGGAAUUGUGGACCCUGCACCUAGGCAGGCUCAGUGCCUUGCUGCUCGCUAAUGGGUAAAAGGAAAGGAAGAUCUGCGGGAGGAUGGUGCUAGGAUGCUGUAUGAAGAGUUCCAAAG